UGUGUACCGAUAGACCGAUUAUUUCUACCUCGGUGUACAUAUAUUCACAUUGGGAGACUGCCGUCACUUAUAUCAGCUUCUCGUCAUUAGAUCUGGUCACAUAGCUAGCUCUCCUCUCUCCUCGCCUUCAUCUCGCGCUCGUACAGAACACAUCGCCGUCAUGCUUUUGUCCCAGGAAGAGAUCAUCAGUUCCGGGCAGAUUCACCCGGAGGUGCUGCAGGCCUUGUCUAAAUUGCCUCCAUCCGGUGGCAACGGGCCUAGUGAUGACCCAACUCCAACACGCGCGAUCAUGGCUUACAUCAAUCAGAAGACUAAGGCUCGUAUUGGACCUCUUCCCGACGGACUCGAAGAGCUCGAAGAGAAGAUAUCCUUGCGGGACGGCCACCAAAGCUCUCUGAGAAUCGUUCGACCACGAGGCUCUGCUCCAGGCCCAUUGGUUGUUUUCAGCUUUGGAGGCGGUUUCAUCUCUGGCGACAACGAGCAACAGACAGAUGUUGCUCGUGCGCUCGCACAACUAGCAGGAGCUACUGUCGUAAGCAUUACAUAUCGUCUGGGUCCCGAAUUCAGAUUCCCAAAAGCACAGGAAGAUGCUAUCGACAGCGUUCGUUGGAUCGCCGCCAACGCAGAGUCUUUGAGGGCCGAUCCAACCAAAGGAUUCGUGAUCGGAGGCGUGUCCGCCGGAGCGAACAUCUCUGCAUGUCUGUCACGAUUGGCUUCACGCGAGCCGUUCGCUGCUGCUCUGACUGGGCAAUGGUUGUGCAUUCCAUCGCUCAUGUGGGAAGGCGUGGUGCCGGAGAAGUACAAGCCCUACUGGACUUCAAGAGAACAAAAUGCAGACGCGCCGAUUUUGAGCAAGUCGAACCUGGAGAUGAAUGCACGUCUGGUGGGCGGUGAUGUGAAAUCAGAGCUGCGUUUCGCGGUCAAUUCUGAAACCCCGAUAAAUGAACAACCUCGAACUUAUUUCCAGGUCGACGGACUGGAUCCUCUUCGGGAUGAUGGCCUGGUGUAUGACGAGAUGUUGAAAGACGCUGGCGUUGAGACCAAGAUGGAUUUUUAUCCAGGAUGCCCUCAUGGUCAUUGGGUCCUGACCUCGGAUGUGAGCAUUGGAGCUAAAGCCCUGGUCGACUCUGUUGUUGGCAUCGGCUGGCUUUUGCGGCAAGAUAUCAAGAGAGAGGAUGCAGCAAAGGUAUUGGUAGUGUCUGAAUUGUAGACUCGAACCAAAUUCGCUCGGCACCGACACAUGUAUGAACAGAGCUGGCACUGCAGGUGAUCAUAACAAUGCAUUACACAUCAUGUCCAGUGUACGUCGUAACGUUCGAAUCACAUCCCACAGAUUGAGGAACGAUUCU